GGAGGCGUCACUCACACAUUCGCCAGGCACGAUAAACACAGGUCCUGCUCAAAAUAACACUGGGAUGGAGAAGGUGAGAGAAUUUCUGACAUGCGGGAUCUGCCAGGAACUAUACACAGACCCCUGUACACUGAGGUGUGAUCACACAUUCUGCAGGAAAUGUGUCACUGGAUACAUCCAAACCAGACCAGAUGCUGUAAAGUCCAAGACGAUCCCCUGUGCCUUCUGUCGACAAGAUACCAAGGUCCCCCACCCCAGCCGGCCUGUGGAGGAGUGGGCGGGGCAGAUCAAACCCAGCAUCAUCAUACAGGGACUAACAGACACACUAGAACAUGAAAAAAUACCAGACUAUAUUCUCUUGACGGAUACAGAUACAAACUCCCAGAAUUGUCCUGUGUGUGAACAGCUUGGGGAGACAACUCCCGUGACCUUCUGGUGCCAUGAGUGUGAGGUAGCUCUCUGUGACAGAUGUGUCAAGAUGCAUCGUGCAAAUCCAGCUUCUCGGAGCCAUGAACUGCGUGAUCGGUCUGGUGAGGUGGAAGUGAAGAAAAAGAAACGCGUGGUUAUGUGUCAAGAGCACAGAGAUGAGCAAGUGAAAUAUCUCUGUAAAGACUGCAACAAGCCACUGUGUCAGUCAUGCUCCGUGGUCUACCACAGGAAAUGCGAUUCUGUUGUCACACUAGAAUCCCAGAUGUCACGGAUGAAGUCAUCUCUGCGCACCAAAGGCCUCACCAUACAAAGCGAUCUUAAUGACAUAUCGAAACAGAUCGACAAAUGCAAAUCGAAAAUUAACAAGAUGAAAAGGGGUAAACUUUCGGCAACAAAAAAGAUUCAGUCAUCAACAGAGAAGAUCAUCGCCCGUUUGAAGGAGAAGGAAACGGCACUCAUAAAAGAACUGGAUGACAUUGCAGACACACAGAUCACUGAGUUACAGGCUGAUGUGAAACAGGCAGAAAAUGAGUUGCAGAUGUACAAACAACAUGGCGAGUUCAUUGACCAGACCCUUGUCUCGGACAGUGAGAUGGACCUGUAUGAAGCUUGUCAGGCCUGGGAGUCGGGGGCAGAAGAGGACAGGGUACAAGAAACAGGCAAAUCAGAACGAAAACUAAUACAUAGCGUCAGAUUUGUACCAGAAUCUGAUACCAGUGAGCGCAUUCUUGACGACUUGAAACUAGGGAAGCUGGACAUCACAUACACACAGGGUGAGAACGAUGCCAUGUCAUCACUUUUCCUGUAUAAAACAGUGGACUUCAAGCUAGAGACUGAUGAAAAAUGUCCAUGGCUGAGUGAGGUGACGGUUCUGUUUGUGGGGGAUAUACCGACAUUAGUGGCUUCAGACAGAAACAACAAGUGUGUGAAAUCUGCCUACACACGUGACGAUCAGCCAUGUCUCAGUAAACUCGAUUUUGAUAAUUUUACGCAUGGUGUAUCCCAACUAAGUGACAAUCGGGUUUUGGUAGCUGUUCCUAAGAGUUUUCAAAUUGUAACGGCAUCCGUAACUCCUGACCUCGAACUGGAGACAACCAUUACAACACAGAAAGAGUUCUACAGUAUUGCUGUUCUGAACUCGUCAUCAUUCGCAGCAAGUUCCUACAGCUGUAUUGAUAUAUUAGACAUGACUGGUAAGGCCAUGCGAUCAAUCACUGCCCACAAUGACGUGGACCUGUUCAGUUACCCAAACUACAUCUGUGUGAACAACAGCGGCCAGGUUCUUGUUUCUGACUGGGACAAGGGAUCAGUAACUUGUCUGACGUCAGAGGGGGAUGUUGUGUGGAGAUACGUCCCCAAAGGGGAUCGAUCUCUCAGUUACCCUAGUGGUAUUACAACUACCAACGAAGGCGAUAUCCUCCUUGCAGACAGGGACACAACCACCAUAAUUCAGCUUGCCGCACCUGGCCUGUUUGUACGAGAACUCAUUGCAACAGAGGAUGGGAUCAACGACCCUGUUGGGGUGUAUGCCAAUAGAAAUGGUUCCGUUUUUGUUUGUGAUGGAAGUACAAUAAAACAGUUCAUCUGAUCAACAACACUUUGAAUAACCAUGUCAUAUUAUAAUUAUGAUAUGUGUUUGUUAGUUGUUUAACGCCGUACUCAGCAAUAUUACAGCUAUAUGACGGCGGUCUGUACAUGAUCGAGUCUGGACCAGACAAUCCAGUGCAUCAACCAAGUCAGCGAGCCUGACCACCCAAUCCCUUUAGUCGCCUCUUACGGCAUAGUCCCCUUUUACGGCAUGCAUGGGUUGCUGAGGACCUAUUCUACCUCGGAUCUUCACGGGUCUUAUUUUAUAUGGUGGAGACACUCGUCAAUACUAAGACAUGUGAACAUGUGAACAAAAGUGGGAAUUGACUUUACUUUUAAUAUUUAUGACCAUGUACAGACAGAUCCAAUUGCCCCAUCACAAGGUUGGUUUGUCAUUUCCAGACGUGUUCAAUGUUGUUUUAUUUGUUUGUAUCCAGUAUGUUAUGUAACUUUAAUCAUUUGUUUUGAAAAAAAUAUAUUGAUGACUGACAGGUUUUUGUGAUUAUCAUCAAUUCACUAUGCAGAUACACAAUGUACAAAGCAUAUCGUCUUCAUAUCUGUUUUAUGUAUUUUUCUUAACUUCUCACCAAACAUUCAAUUAAAGUUUAUGUUUAUGGAAA